AUGGCAGAUCAUGAUCGCAGACAGCCUGCUGGCGGUCAUAACAAUCGCAAAAGGCGUUACAGAGAUGAUGAUGAUUACGACCGCCGACCGCAACGACGUCGCUACGACGCGCCGCUUCCCGUUCGCAUACGUAAGCAGCUUCUAGGCCUAGCAGAAUCCCCUUUGCGACGCUGGCACGAAGAAGUUCAAUCCAUUGCCCAUGUCCUCGCCGACAAUUACGAAGAUCAGGAGCUGCGCACAAGCUUCUUAGAUCUAGUGUUGCAGAUGCUUAUUGAACAGCCGCUCAAAACCCCAUUCGUGGCAGCUGUGGUACUCGUCGCCAAUUCGCUGAAACCCGAUAUACUAGGCGAUCUUUUGACUCGGGUCACUACUGCUACAGAGGAGAAGGUCAUCAUAGGCGAGUGGCGCGAUGUGAAGUUGUAUCUAAAGUUCCUAGCUUGUCUACAAAGCUCCUUGGAGGGUGAUGGCGUGUUCCCUUUGCUUGAAGAACUCUUUAGUCGAGCUGUCGACCUCCAGACUGCCAGUUCUGAUGAUACAAUUGGCACAGAACUUGUCAAGAUAAUCCUUCUGACGAUACCGUAUAUUAUGGCAGCUGCGCCUGGCCAGUGGCAACAAAAGGCGGCUGAGCUAAUGGAUAAGACAGACGUCAUUGCUUCCGAACCGCAUGCGUUACAAGUACUAAUCGACCCAUACCAUGUCGAGGAGGGAACAGAGAGCCCAACCGCAAAUAUGAGUCUAAUCGGGCUCCUACAAAAGCAGCUCCAAACCGAGGCUCUGAAUGGUUGGGAGCUUUCGUGUCUUCCAAGGCCAUGGCAAAUGCCACCCGAAGAGAUCGAGCAGCAGGAGAAGCUAGAUAAUGCACAGAAGCAUACCUUACCGAGCAUAUCCAUUCCAGAGAAAGUCGUCGCUGGCCCUCGCCCUCUUUUCCCCGAGAUCUACUUCUCGGUCUACGUUAACCAGGAGAUCGAGUCUGUUCCUCCAGUUAGUAGUAUCGCGUCGUCAUUAAUUAGGGACGGGCUUCUCGAUACAAUCAACAUUAUGGACUUCAACCGCAGCGUUACGGCUCGCUUUCUCAUAGACGUGGAUUGCUAUUUUGCUCCGGGCACAUUCGUUAAGCGCGCAACUCCCUUUGAUCGACUCCGAGAUGUAGAAGGAGAUCGCUCAACGUGGAAGCCAGAGGAUGUCGCUGUGGACGCUGUCUUUUCCCAAAUCUUCGCACUGCCCGCGCCAGAACAUAAGCUGGUGUACUACCAUGCCGUUCUUACCGAGGCUUGCAAGAUUGCCCCCGCAGCAGUCGCUCCGAGUUUAGGUCGAGCAAUUCGGUAUUCAUACCAAAAUACCUACCGUCUCGACCUGGAGUUGUGUUAUAGGUUCUUAGAUUGGUUCACUCAUCAUCUCAGUAACUUCGGCUUCAUGUGGAAGUGGAUAGAAUGGGUGGACGAUGUUAAUCUCCCUGAUAUGGAUCCCCGUAAAGCUUUCAUACUCGGCGCCUUAGACAAGGAAAUCCGCCUCAGUUUCGCACAGCGGAUCAAGGGCACGCUCCCUGAACCUUACCAGGCCCUUAUUGGGCCUGAAAAAGAGCAGGACACGCCGGAAUUUAAAUUCAACGAUGACCACACUCCAUUCGCUGCAGAAGGCAGAGAGAUCGCGGCUCUACUCAAGCGCAAGGCUCCAGACGAGGAGAUCCAGCCCAUCAUCGACCGUAUCCACUCUGCUGCCCUUGAUCAAGCUAUCGAUCCUCUCGUUUCCAGCACAGAUGUUUUUAUGACAGCCGUUUGCUGGGUGGGUUCCAAGUCACUGUCUCACGUACUUGCCUGCAUUGAGCGUACAAAGGAUAGGCUUCUUGAUUCCGGGGCCGCUUCGGAGGCGGCCAGGGCGCAAAUCAUUACCGCAGUCGUCUCCUACUGGUCUUCUCACCCGGGUGUCGCGAUUACCAUCGUUGAAAAGCUACUGAAUUACUCGAUUAUUACACCGAGAGCCGUUAUCGACUGGGCAUUGGCUGGCGAUCGCGCAGGCCCAUACGGGCAAGCGCUCAGCAAGUCUUGGGUAUUCGAGCUUGUAUUUAACACCGUAGUCAAAGUGACUGGUCGCCUAAGACAAGUUGUUAGCAGCGGUACAGGCGAGAAUACCGAAGAAGAAGUGGCUAAUAUGCGCGAACUUUUCAAGAACAUGGAAGAUGCCCUGGUCAGCUGGGCACAAGGGACCAAAGACCAGAUUAUGGACCCUGUAGUGUCGGACGGCGGAGAAGAUAUCAUCAAGCGCUGGGGUGAGAGAUGGCUCAGAGUCUUUAGGCGGAGAUCUGCCAUUGAAGAGACGUUCCUACUAGAGCACAAAGCGGACUCGUAA